UAAAAAGAAUAGAAGAUGGACAUUUUCUUCGUGCAACAAUCGUUUCGUCCUGCCUGCUGUCCUACUAGGAAACAUCCUGCAGACCGUCAUCCCCUCCCUGAUCCUCUCCCCUUUCCUAUCUUGUCCGCGCAGGCGCCCCAAUCCCUGCGCCGAUCCCCUCCGCGAGAACUCCCCAAUUUCUCCGUCAGCGAGGGGCUCGUGAGCCAUCCGCCGCGAGACCGUCAGCGAGACCCAUCCUCGAGCGCCGCCUGUGACCUCCUCGUGAGAGCGCCAUCCGCGACCCUGUCCUUGAGCGCCGUCCGCUGCGACACCGUCGUGCCGUUCGCGACAGCUGCCUCGGCCGCAACAAGCGUUGUCGCGGCUGCGUCGGGACAGCGGGCACCUCCGUCCGCGCGAGGACGGGCCUCGAGCGCCGCCCGCGACCUCCUCGUGAGCGCCGUCUGCCGCGAGAGCGCCGUCCGCGACAGCUGCCUCAGCCGCAACGAGCGCCGUCGCGACAGCGUCGGUGCGGGCAACUCCGUCCGCGCGAGGACGAGCCUCGAGCGCCGCCCGCGACCUCCUCGUGAGCCCUGUCCUCGAGCGCCAUCCUCGAGCUGCCGUCCACAUGACCCCCAUCGUCGAGCACCGUCUGCCGCGAGAGCACCGUCCGCACGCCGCCGUCCACGCGAGCCCCGUCCUCGAGCGCUGUCCGCGACUGCUGUGAUCUCAGCCGAGCGCUGUCCGCGCGCCGUCCGCGAUAGCUGCCGUCCAUGCGACCCUCGUCCUCGUGUACCGUCCGCCGCGACACCGUCGCGCCGUCCGCGACAGCUGCCUCGCCCGCAACGAGCGCCGUCACGACAACUUUGGGACCGUGGCUACCUCCGUCCGCGCGAGGAGGGCCAAGGAUUGAAAUGUGCCUGGAGCGCCGCAUGUGAGUUCAGAAUUGAAAUGUGCCUGGAGCGCCGCAAGGAGGGCCAAGGAGGCCACACCCACCAAUGGCGCUCCUCCUCUCCCCGACCGUCUCCUUCCUCGUCUCCCCCGCUGCUCCACGCUCCCGAGCACUCUCCGCUACCGCCAAUGUCUCCUACCCAAGGCCCUCUGAAUGUUACUUCUACUUGUGCUUCUUUCGCCGAGAAGAGGCCGGUUCUUGUCCAUGCCACGGCAGAGGGUUCUGAGGCUGGUGCGGAGCAGCCAGAAGAGCCGAAACCGGUGACCAAGAUCGAGGACAUGUCGCUCGAGUUGAAGCAGAAGAUGAUCAUGGAACAGAGGGCGCGGAUGAAGCUUGCCAAGAAACUGAGGCAGCGGCGCAAGCGGCUUCUCCGCAAGAGGAAGCUUAGGAAGAAGGGCAGGUGGCCUCCGUCCAAGAUGAAGAAGCUCAAGAAUGUAUGAACAGCGUCAAUGUUGACAGCCACUCUGCCUUGGCUCUCUGUGUUGUGGUUGCCCAGUGUACCAAUUUUUCUGUUCAGAAUCUGAGACACGAUACCUACAAAAUGUAAUUCUGUUUUUCAUGUAAUUGAAUCUUCUUACAGUCUAGCCUACUCAAUGUGUCUGAAUUUUCUCCCUGCAUCCGUAUAUGAUUGAUGUGCUUUAGCUUUGGUUCA